AUGAAGAUAAGGAUGAUAAAAGAAGAGAAGAGAAAAUAAAAACAUCUCUUAGUUUCUCCUCCCCUUUCGGUCUCAAUGUUUACAUUUUAAUUUUUUUUUCUCUUCGUGAAUCUAAUCGGUUUUCAGUUUAAUUCUCUUUCUUUUGUAAUCAUUUUUAUAUUUAUUCUUUAUUAUGAUUAACAAUUCAAGGUUAAUCAAUAAGAAUUUAUUGUUAACAGUUGAUACAUUUUCCAAUUCAACAAUUUAAUUGACAUUUUCGACAAUUUUCUCUGCGUUUUUACCUUGACACUCUUGGUACGUGUUCACUUAUUGAUAAUCUGUUAUCGUAGCGAUUCUUGGGUCCAAAUGGUUUCGUAGUGUUUUUUUUAAUUGUUACUCAUUAAUUUACGAAAAUACUCUAAUCAAACUAAGCCAAUUAACUACGUUAAUCUACCAAGGACAAAUUAAUCUGUUUUCCUGUAACAAUCUCGAGUUGUCUCUUGAUCUCUUUUCCCUUGUCUCUUAUUUGGUUACUUUUAAUUCUUGAUUAUUGUUGUGAUAUUUUCAUCACAAUUAACAACAAUUCUGGUGCAUCUUUCAAUUCAAUUAACACCAUCAUUAGAAUAGUUAAUCAUGUAAUCAGUUAAUUUGUUUUCGUUUCAAUGUUUCUUUUGAAAUGACAAUUUAACUAAAUCGUCACAUCUUCAACAGAGUGAUAAUUUAUCAUCUAUCGAGAGUAACAAUUAGUUAAUUGUUUCGUUUCUCUAUUUCAAGAGCAAUCUAUUCAAAUGGAUCAGAUUUGUUAAUUACAUCAAUAGAAAUGACGUUGUCAAUCACAAUUAGUAUUUCUCUUGAUUGUUAUUGAGAUUUUCUUAUUGUUAUUAAUCAUCUUUCAUCUGUUAACCUACAAUUAAAUGUUAAUUAUCAUAUUUUCCGAUUGAUGAUUAAAUGAUUGAUUUAUUAUUAUGAUUAAUUUCAAUCAUCGAUACAAUUAGUUAAUUAAUUGUAGAUGAUAAAUACCAAUAGAAAAUAAGGGAAAGUAACAAUCACAAUUAAUUGUGAUAAAAUUUACCAAUGGUCAGUUGAAUGAAAUUAAAUCGUUGGUAACAAUUAGCAUCACAAUUAAGGCGAUUUUGUUGGAAUCAGGAAAAGGUUAAUAGGAAACCAUUUGAAAUGGUGAAAAAGUAAAUAUGAUGAAUGAAUUAAUUUACUAUCUUAAUGGUGACAAUCAACAGUUAAUCAACUGAUCAAUAAUCAAUAAUAGUCGAUAAACUGACCUGAAUUGUGUCCAAGAAUUUGGUCAAUUCUUGAAUAAAGUGUAUUCCUGGUUACUAAUCAUCGACGUUAUGAGGAAUCAAAUUAAAACUUGAGACCAAUUUGAUUAGGUAAACUAAUUGAUUGUCCAGAUAUUUAUAUUUAUAAUGAUUAAUUCACAUGAAUGACCAACACUGAAUUGAAUAAAUUAUCACCACAAUUUAGGAAUAGGAAGAAUCCGGAAAAAAAGGUAACAAUUUUUUUCCAAAUCAAUUGAAUCACUUUAAUAAUCUUCUAAUCACCAUAGCGAGAAAUUAGUUAAUCAAAAGUAAAAGUGUAAAUUGUUUCUCUAUUUACAGUUCAACCGAUUAAAUGAAUCACUAAUUUCUAAUUUACUUCGGUUUAAUUAGAAGAUGACAUUUGAUGAUGAAGAUGAAAUUAACUGAUCAACACUUGAAAGUGAACAUAUAAAAGGAAAAUGAUUAAGUGAAAAUCUAAUCAGUCAACAAGUGAAAGUCAAACUGACCAUCAGCUGAUCAAUAAGUUAUUAGAAAUUAAUUUCUCUGCAAUCAACAGUUUAAUUAUUGUACUCAAAGUGAACAAUUGACCAAUUGGAUUAUCGAAAAUGAAAUCGUCAACAAUUAUCUUCUGUUUAUCUUCAAUUGCGAUCAUUGUUCUGGUCUUUUCGCCUCAACAAUCUUCGUGUCUCUCUCGUCGGAAGAUGAUGAAGAUUCAGAAACUCGCUGCAUUGGCCUUGAUUCUCAAGCCGAGGAAGAAAAUGAUGCCAAUACCAAUUCCAAUUCCAAUUCCAAUGUCAAAGGAAAAGUUAAUGAUGAUGCUUGGUAAAGAUGAUGAAAUGAUGGCUCAUCAUCAGGUUCAUCAUGAACAACAUGUCGCCAUGCAACCUCAGCCCUUGAUUGCUCAUCAUCAAUUACGAGUUGCUAUUCCAGCUCCAAUGCCAGUUCCGGUUCCAAUUCGUAUUCCAGUUCCUGUACAAGUUCCAGUUCCAGUUCCUGUUCAGGUUCAAGCACCACCACCAGUUCAUCAUCAUCAUGUUCAACAGCCAAUUGUUGCAUAUGAAUAUCAACAAGAAACUCCAUCAAUCUGUCAUCACUAAAGGAUUAAUUUGAUCAUUUAAAUUGUGAAUAACUAAAGGAUUCACAUUCCCACCUCAUCAUAAUCAUCAAAGACCAGCAAUUAGAUUGAUCAUAAUCAUUAAGAAACAAACAUUAACCAAAUCAAAUUUAUAUUUUUUUAGUUCUUAAAUUGUAUUUUGUUUAGAUUACCCAAUUUUUUAUCUUAUAAUUGUUACAAUUUAUAAAUCUGUUAAUUUGUUAAGACUCUUUUUAAUCAGUUAAAAAUUUUUACAAUUAAAUGACAAAUAAAUAACUGAAUUUAUCUCUUAA